AUGGCGCGUCCCGUGGCUCUGCCGCCGCCCGGCUCCCCGCGCCCGCCGCUCGCCGACGGGGCGGGUCGGUACCGGGCACCGCCCGUGGGGGAGGAUCGGAGCGGUGUCCGCCCAGUGCCGGCACCGGGACGAGCCCGUCCGCGCCUCGACGGACCGGUUCUCUGUGAUGGGAAGGGACCCGGGGGACCCGCUGCCGCCGCUCCCCCCGUCCGCCAGGGGGCGCAGCGCUGCCCUCUCGCAAGAUGGCGGCGGCGGCUUCACCUCACCGAGCGCUUCCCCCCUCCCUCCUUCCCGCGGGCAGGGGCCGGACGGGCCGCGCCGCCAUAUUGGCUGUUGUCCUGGCUGCGGCGGCUCGCCAUGACUCGCCGGCGGAACAAGGCGGCAACGGCGGCAACGGCGGCGGCGGCAGCAGCGGCAGGUGGCUCCGGGCCUCGCCGCGACAGGGUGGCGGGUCCCGACGUCGGGCCUCCCCCGCCGCCACCGCCACCGGAACCGCCCGCCCCGCCUGAGGUGACGGCGGCGGCGAGCAGCGGCGGGGAGCCGGGCAGAGGCAGCGCGCAGGUGCUGCCCACCACUAACCAGUCCGUGCAGACGUGCUGCCUGCUCUGCCACCGGGAGCGCAAGGACUGGGGAGGGCCAUCCCACAAUGGGCUGGUUUCCCCGGGCGAGAGGCUGCCACCGGACUUCGUGCCAACGCUCGUGCAGAACCUCCUGGGAGAAAUGCCACUGUGGAUCUGCCAGAGCUGCCGGAAGAGUGUGGAGGAGGAAGAGCGACGGGCGGUGCAGGAGCAGGCCCUGGCGGUCUCGUUAUCCCACACAUCCUGCAAGUCACAGUCUUGUGGGGGUGGGUCACACUCCUCUUCCUCCUCCUCCUCCUCUUCUUCUUCCUCGUGCCAUGGGAACUCAGGGGACUGGGACCCCAGCUCGUUCUUGUCUGCUCACAAGCUCUCGGGCCUCUGGAACUCGCAGCACACCAAUGGGGCCACCCAGGGCAGCCCCCUCGGGGCCCCACCAGCUACACUAGGUGACAAGCACCCCGGCCUCGCUCUGUCUGCAGAGUGUGCCAGCCAGGUGCCGGCUGUGGCGCCGGGGCUCAAGGCCUGUCCCUACAGCCACGCGGCCUCCACCACCUCCAGCAGUGCCGCCCCGGGCUCGCCUCUGCCUACCUCACUUGACUUCUGCAAGACGCUGCCGAAGCAGUUCAAAAGCUUGUGCCGGAGGGCCACCCCACCAGGUGAGGCCUUCCACUCCUCAGAGCAUCAUCAGCACUCCGACCUCACUGCUCCUCCCAACAGUCCCACCGGCCUCCCCUCCCAGCCACCGGUGCUGAUCCCCUCCAAGCAGACACCUCCGCACCCGGGGCCCUUCGGCUCCCCGCCGCAUGUCCCGCUGGGCUCCUCCUCGCAGGCCACGCUCUUCCCUGCUCCCAGCGCCCAGGCUGCAGCCCCGAAGCCGGUGUCCGAGUCCCCUCCGGCCGGCGCAGCCUCUCACAGCCCAGGGCCAUGCAAGAGCCCCCACCUGCCCCCUGCCAACGUGCCACUGCUGAAGAUGCCGCCCCCGCUGUCGGGCUGCACCCAUCCCUGCAACGGGCACUGCAGCACUUCACUCAUCCCUCCUCCCGCCUCCCACCAGCUGCCCAGCACCAACAGGGACCCCUCUUGCAAAGGGCACAAAUUCCCAAACGGUACCAGCUGCCACCUGCCACAGCCCUGCGAGGCAGAUGAGGGGCUUGGGGAGGAUGAGGACAGCAGCUCGGAGCGCAGUUCCUGCACCUCCUCCUCCACCAACCAGAAAGAUGGGAAGUUCUGCGACUGCUGCUACUGUGAGUUCUUCGGCCACAACGCGCCCCCGGCCGCUCCCACGAGCCGCAACUACGCCGAGAUCCGGGAGAAGCUGCGCUCGCGCCUCACCAAGAGGAAAGAGGAGCUGCCACAGAAACUGGGGCACAACAGCAGCUCGGGGGAGCCCGCUGUGGACCACCGCAAUGUGGAUGAGCUGCUGGACUACAUCAACAGCACGGAGCCUAAGCCCUUGAACAGUGCCAAGGCGGCCAAGCGGGCACGGCACAAGCAGAAGAAGAAGGAGAAGGAGAAAGCCCAGCUGGAGGCAGAGGCCCAGAAGCGGGCAGAACGUGCCCCUGCAGCCAGCCAGGCCAGAGAGCAGGCUGAGGAGAAGCUGCUGGAGUGGCCAGAGCUGGAGCUGGAGCGGGUGAACAGCUUCCUCAGCAGCCGGCUGCAGGAGAUCAAGAACACCAUCAAGGACUCCAUCCGGGCCAGUUUCAGUGUCUACGACCUCAAUCUGGAUGUCAAUGACUUCCCCAAGAAGGCAGCUGUCCUGGAGCAGAAAAACCUGCUCUCCAACCUCAAUGGCUCCUCUGACCUGCAGGACAUAGACCUGGCGCUGGCCCCGCUCAGCCUGGGCCCUGCCAAGAGCCACGGGCUCCUGCGGGGUGAGCUGGGCCCCCGAUGGGGCGAGGGGCCUGGGGAGCCCCCGCCGGCACCACCGGCCGAGAACGGUGUGGUGAAGCGGCUCAGCGCCGUGCCCAGCCUGUCCCGCAUGAUCUGGGUGCAGUCCAAGGCUGCGGACUCUGCCACGGAGGGCAGUGGGCUGAGCCCAGAGCCUAGGGAGGGACCACAGCCCAAGGGGCCGGAGCCACCAGAGCCGGUGCCCGCAGGGAGCCGGCAGCGCAAGAACAAGCGGCAGAAUGGGCAGACAAAGAAAGGGGAGGGCGGCAGCGGCCAGGCCCGGCUGGAGAGCCCUGGGGUGAAGGGGCAGGUGCUGGGAACCAAGCCCCCUUCCAAGGGCAGCGUCCCGGAGCCACAGCGGGCAGGUGGCUGUGCCGAGCCCGGGGAGGGCAGCAAGGGGCAGCCCUGGGGCUGCGGCAGCGCCAGGGCCGAGAAAGAGAGACCCAGCGAGUGGAAGGGCCGGAGGGGAGAGGGCAAAGCAGAGCUGCCGGAGCCGGCACAGCCUCAACCACCUACCCUGGCUGCCCCUCCCACCCUGGGGGGCUCCCCUCAGCCCAAGGGCAAGAGCAGGAAGAGCCGGAACAAGGUGGAGAAACCCUGUACCUCGAUUGAUGAUGUAUUCCUGCCCAAGGACCUGGAUGGGGCAGAGAUGGACGAGACUGACAGAGAAGUGGAGUAUUUCAAGAGGUUCUGCCUGGACUCCGCCAAGCAGACACGGCAGAAGGUGGCUGUGAACUGGACCAACUUCACCCUGAAGAAAACCACUUCCAGUGCAGCCCAGUGAGGUGCGGGGGGGCCGACCCUCCCACCCACGGCCACUCGCCUCUCCUCACUGUGCCCCCCGCCUCACCUCGGUGGAGUCCCCUCCUCCGCGGGGGGCCCCGGUGCUCUCCUGUCCCGCGGGGCCCUCCGGGGCUCCCUCCAUCCUCCUGCCCCAUCCCCGCGGGGUGACCCCGGCCGUCCCGUCCCCCUCUCUGCGGGCACGCGGCUACCCCGUGCCGCGGGGAAGGACCGUGCUGGACCCAAUAAAGAACUUUUUAAUUUUUUAUUUUAUUUAAA